AUGAACGGCUCAGGUCCCGUGCUCGACGGGGCCACAGCGGCGCAGCGUGUCUGGUUUCUUCCCCACGUCCGCCUGUCCGUCUUCAUGCAUCUGGCCGACGAUGCCGCCGAGGAAGCGGAAGAUCGUAGCCAACGUCUGCUGGUGAUGAGGAAAACGCUUCUGCAAUUCCUCACGUUCGACAGGGCUACUUUUCGCGAUAUCGCCAUCUUGCUCUAUCCCGUUAUCGCAUUGGACCGCUUUCCGUGGCAUUGCACGAGUGAGGACCGAAUGCGACUGUAUGCGGCCGGGGUUCGGACCCUGUGGGUCAACGGAUGCCUCCCCUUGUGCGGCCGUUGGAACUCCCUCGCGGAGAUGCUCAAUUUCUUUCCGAACGUGAACGCGAUCAUCUUCAAAACUGAGGUCGAAGCGUACUCGCAAGGUGUUCGCUCAGCUCGUUCCAAACGCCCUCGAGACCGACUUUGGUUGAAGGAACAUAUCACAGUCGAAGGGUUCACAGUAUGCCCACCUAAGACGCGCUUUCUUCCAGAGGACCUGGACUACGAAUGUUGGUACCAUCUGAGCGAUAGCUCGGAACAACCUUGGACAGCGCAACACUUCGACUACGAUUCCGGCGGGUUACCCAUCGUGCCAGAGGUACUGCUCCUGCCUGCCCACAGGAUCUCAAUGUUGGGCUUCACCGAUGAGAGCCACGACGAAUGGCUCUCGACUUUACGACAUGGCAAAAACCUUGGCCUCGAAACACAACGCAUAGAUUGGAAAAUCAAGUCCUUCGAGGAACUGGACACGCUGGCUGAGGUGGCCGGCAAAGGUCUUCAGACCCUCCAGAUAUUAAGUCACUCGAGGCUCGGCAAAAGGACUGCCCACACCGCAACUGAGAUCAUGAAUCACAUCGACCGCAAGCGGUUCCCAGACCUCACAGAGCUCACUUUACACAUCACAUUCCCCUGCAUCAGUGGAGGCGCGCCCGAAACGUCGAGGGCCCGGUAUAAGUGGCUGUCAAAGGCUAUGCCUCCUCGCCUUUCUUCUCUACGGCUUGUGCUGGUGCUGGAUCGGUGGGGAAUUGAUACCAGCGACUACGAUAGCGACGAACCAUCCGCCUUCUACGCCGAGUGCGUCUUCGAGACCGAAGCUCCGAUGGCAUUCAUAAUCGCUGUGCGGUCCAAGUCCGGCGAUGACUUCGACUUUACAGUCGAGACACAGUACAUUGACCAUGACGACAACAACGACCAGCUCGUCGAAUAUAAACCUUCCAAGUCAUCUUACCUCCGUACCGUUCUCAGAGAACCACUGGAAACUGUGGUUGGCCAGGACAUUGCCAAGCGCUUGAAGAGGAAGGGUCGGAAGAAGCUUCGAGUUUCGCACGUGCAGAAACUGUCCGCGCCAACGUCGUACAAGCACCUAACAUAG